AUGGGGUUUUCAAGAACUGUGGCUGCUGCUGCCUCGGCAUCGUUGCCACAAAAUCCAAAGAAUCACCAUGCUUUUCGGGUCGCCAUUGUGGGCGGUUCCUUGGGGGGACUUGCGACGGCCAAUGCUUUACAAAGUACCGGGAGAUUUCAAAUCAUUCACGUCUACGAGCGCGCACCCGGUCCAUUGGAUCAAAAAGGAAGUGGUUUGGGAUAUGUCAACGUUGCCGCCUGGGAAGCUCUUCGCAACGACGAGGUACCCAUGAUGCGUCGGGGUCGACGUGCCCAUCGUCAUCAGGGAUCCUUUUAUUAUGGCGAUUUGUGGAAAUAUCUUUAUCAAGGACUGCCUCCAGGUACGGUUCGAUUUGGGCAAACCAUUGAAAAAUUGACCAUGAACAACAACAACGACAGCGACAAUGGCCGUGGUAGUACCGUUUCCAUUGACAAGGAGGAAUAUGAUUUGGUGGUCGUAUCCGAUGGUGGCUUUUCGAAACUGCGAAAAUAUGUGUUGCGCGAUGAUGCCUUGGAUGAUAACAGCAAUAACAAUUGCAAGUCGCCGCACAAUAAUGAUGACUACUAUCAAGUGGAACCCGAGUACGCUGGUUAUGUGGUUUGGCGCGGUGCUGUGUCCAUCUCCAAAAUUCCAUUGCACAUCUUGCCUCGAAUACAUGAAGGAGUCUAUAAGAAUGGGAUUUACGAUACCAUUUUGCUACGACAGGCCAAGGACAAUGGCGAAGAUCUUUGGACCAUGGGGACAUUUAUUAAAACGCCGGAAGACGAGGUGGAUCAGUAUUGGAACAAGGCUACAGAUGGCACCAGUCGGCAUGGAAGCAUCAACGACAACAAGAAAAAUGUUAUGCCCGAUUGGCUCAUACAACAUUUUACGGAUCACUUUUCCAAUACACCAGGUUUGGUCGAAUUGAUGGAAUGUAUCCGACAGCACGGCGAAGUCUCGCCUCAUCCACAAUACGAAUUCGGUCGCAUUGAGAAGGUGCAUGAGGGUCGAGUGGUGAUCUUGGGCGACGCUGCCCACAUGGCCAGUCCGCGUACCGCCGUGGGUGCCCACACGGCCAUUUUGGAUGCCUUGGCCUUGAAGGAUUCUUUUGAAAAAGAGCCCCCCGAGAGUAAUAUUGACGCCGUGUUGGAGCUCUACAGUCAUGCCGGCCUUCGUCAUGCCCGUGAACUUUAUGCACGUUCGAGAGAAGUCUCAUCGGAAUUUAUUGGCGACUAG